AUGUCUGAUUCUUCUGAGCAAAUCAAUCCAAAGGCCAAGCCAUUGGCCGACCACGCCUUGACUGUUACCAUUCUCGAUCUCGUUCAACAAUCGAACAACUACGGACAACUCAAGAAGGGUGCCAACGAAGUCACCAAAUCUGUCUCCCGUAGUACUGCCGAAUUCGUUGUCUUGGCUGCCGAUGCCGAGCCAUUGGAAAUCGUCUUGCACAUUCCUCUCUUAUGUGAGGACAAGAACAUCCCAUACGUCUUUGUUCCAUCAAAGGCUGAAUUGGGUCGUGUAUGCAAUGUAUCACGUCCAGUUGUUGCUUGCUCCGUUUUGAUUGACAAGUCUACCAAUCUCAACAACCAAAUCAACAACGUCAAGGAUGCCUUGGACAGAUUGUGGGUUGCAUAA